AUGGAUGGGUGUUCAGGGGAUACUAAAACCCCGUUCCAUCUUCCUAUUAAUGAUAUUACAGCAAUGCCUUGCGGAGAUUUUGACAUGAAGAUAGUCGCCUCCACAAAGCAGGGCAUACUCUGUUGUGUUAGAAGAAUUGGAAGCAGAUAUAGAUAUUAUAUUUGCAAGCCAAGUACUAAACAAUGGAUAAAACUACCGAAUCCUAGAGUACGAUUUGAAACUGUCAAAGUUGCCCUCAUUGUGCUGAAAUCGAAUCCUCUGCAUUUCAAGAUCAUAAGGUUGUCAUCACCUAAGACUUCUUAUCAUCAUUACAGAGUAUUAGGAAAGGAUUACUAUCGUCGUGAAGUUUUUGAUUCAGAACAUUGGAAGUGGAAGCAAGAAAAAGAUUUGUUAGUCCCUGAAUUAUUGUGCUUUGACAUGUUUGCUCCAGCAGUUAAUGCAAGUGGUUUGGUUUAUUUCAAACUAUGCGAUGAUCUAGUAAUGGCUCUAGACUAUAAUGGGGAAGAGGCUUUCCCCAGAUUUUCACUUCCAAAUCAAGCUUUUGAUUAUGAAGAUUAUCGAUAUAACCAACUUGUGGAGUAUAAUGGGAAGCUUGGGUUUACCUGUUUGUCACCAAGAGGGACAGGGCUUUGGGUUUUCGAGAAUGAGAAUCAUGUUUGGGAGUUGAAAAAGGAAGUAGGCAUUGAAAGUAUAAAGGAGGUGACAAAUUUUCCAACUCCUUCUGGGAUUUAUAAUGCAGACAUUGCUUUGAUGAAGGAUUACUAUAAAGUUUACUUUUACAAGCUGCAAGAUAAGAGCUUUAACGAGGUGAAACUGAAUAAAUGCCGUGAUGUUCAAGAAGUUUUCCCUUUUCGAUCAGAUUUAGAGCCAGUUGAUCUGAGUAUGCUACGAACCAACAACACUUUUUCAUUGAACAAACUCCUCUAUCGUUUCUUUUUUAUUUUCUUAAUUACUAACUUUUUGCUGGAUUCCUAUUUAUUGGCUAUUGCUUUUCUUAGUCCCCUUUAUGUUAAAAGUAGCAUAUUUUUCGGUCUCCAAACAAAUUCUAUGCAAAAAAGCUAG